UACGCUGCCUCAGCCUGGCAGUAUUGAACCUGUUGCUGCAUUCGCCGAGUUGUAUUUUGCUAGCUAGGGGAAGGAGGGUUGUCUGCUGUCUGGUAGGAGGGCUUUGUCUGUGUGCGCCUUUCUCUCCCUCUCUCCCCCUCUCUCUCUCCCUGUCUCUCGCACUCUCGCUCGCUCUCGCUCGCUCUCUCGCUCGCUCUCCCUUCCCCGUCUCUGUGGUUUGUAAGGUAGGUUGCAGUGUGUGUAUAUACACAACAUCAAGAGCAGGAAAAUGGACUCAUUAGGGAGGCAGGCAGUCAUUACCACUCACACUGUACUUCCAGGGAGACAGCGACUAUGAGGAGACAAACUGAGGACUGGGGAACAAGCAGCAUAAGAAAGAAGUGUUGAGAGCUGCUCUUAACCCUUUUGGAGUCCAAAGUCAAAAGGGAACUAGAGGGCUUGACACAUCCUUUACAUCCUGCAUUUACUCUGACCACAGUCCCUCCCUGCUCUCGCCAGCGGAGCUCAGCCCAGCUUCCCUUCCUGUCGAUGCCCAGUCAGCUACGUGACUGCCUGAAGUUACAUUGUAGAUGCUGAAAUCACUGCACCUUAAAAACAAAAAGAUUAAGCUGCACUGCAUUCCUAUAUAUAGAGGCAUGUUAUAGAAAUAUGUAAUACGAAGCCCCCGGGUCCAAGUAGAGCAUAUCGAGUUGACUUUUGCUGGAAGCAACAGUGGUUGGCAGUUUUCCUCAACUUUGCAAGAGAGAGAGAGAUUUGGUUGGAAUGAAACCUUGCUCUCCGUACAGCCUGCUUGAGAUGCAGCAUUGAAAGAUCAUUCGCGAUCAGUUUGUGGCCUUCCUCUGAAGGAACAUUUCCUGUCUCUAGUACACAGCCUCUCUCUGUUCCCUGCCCCAAUGAACGUCUGCACUAGGUCCAAGGCUUGGAGUAAUUUACCUGAAGAGUGAUACCGUUUGGAAACCACUGAAGAAACCCAAGACAGCUGAAAACCAGAAGGCGUCUGAGGAGAAUGAGAUUACUCAGACGGGUGCACGCAGCGCCAAGCCGGGCCUUCGCUGCCUGAACCUUGAAGCUGUUCGGUCUCUGAGCCCGACCCUCAUCCACUCACCACAUUCACCAACAAACCUGCACGCACACACAGGGUCAUCUGAUUGUAACAUCAGUUGCAAGGGGAUGACAGAGCGCAUUCAUAGCAUCAACCUUCACAACUUCAGCAAUUCCGUGCUCGAGACCCUCAACGAGCAGCGCAACCGUGGCCACUUCUGUGACGUGACGGUCCGCAUCCACGGGAGCAUGCUACGCGCCCACCGUUGUGUGCUGGCGGCUGGCAGCCCCUUCUUCCAGGACAAGCUGCUGCUGGGCUACAGCGACAUCGAGAUCCCCUCAGUGGUGUCAGUCCAGUCUGUACAAAAGCUCAUUGACUUCAUGUACAGUGGGGUGCUGCGGGUCUCACAGUCAGAGGCCCUCCAAAUCCUCACAGCUGCCAGCAUCCUGCAGAUCAAGACUGUGAUUGAUGAGUGCACAAGGAUUGUCUCGCAAAAUGUGGGAGAGGUCUACCCGGUGAUUCAGGAUUCUGGCCAGGAGACACCCAGGGGAACACCCGAAUCAGGCACCUCGGGGCAGAGCACUGACACAGAGUCUGGCUACCUGCAGAGCCAUUCGCAGCACAGUGUGGACAGGAUCUAUUCGGCCCUCUAUGCCUGUUCCAUGCAAAAUGGCAGUGGGGAGCGCUCCUUUUACAGUGGAGCUGUGGUCAGCCACCAUGAAACAGCCUUGGGGCUCCCCAGGGACCAUCACAUGGAAGACCCCAGCUGGAUUACCCGGAUCCAUGAACGGUCACAACAGAUGGAGCGGUACCUUUCCACCACUCCAGAGACCACACACUGCCGCAAGCAACCACGCCCUGUCCGAAUUCAAACCCUCAUGGGCAACAUCCAUAUUAAGCAGGAGAUGGAGGAUGACUAUGACUACUAUGGCCAACAGAGGGUGCAGAUCCUCGAGCGCAAUGAGUCUGAGGAAUGCACUGAGGACACUGACCAAGCAGAAGGCACUGAGAGUGAGCCUAAAGGGGAGAGUUUUGACUCGGGAGUCAGUUCCUCCAUUGGCACUGAGCCCGAUUCCAUGGAGCAGCAGUUUAUGGCUGGUCUGGGCCGGGAUGGGCAGCAAGAACCUUCUCAAGCAGAUCAAAAUGACGUCCCCGCUGAUGGCACUCAGCCGCAGCCGCAGCAGCAGCAUGUAGAUGCCAACUCUUCCUCGCCAGAGAGAAGCAAUGACGUUGAAAUGGACAGCAAAGUGCUCACAGUCAAUAACAGCACCGAAAAGGGGGCUCUGCAGCCUUCUGUCAACACAACUGUUGCCCAACCAUUGCCAACCACACAGAUCUACUUACGCCAGACAGAAACCCUCACCAGCAAUCUGAGGAUGCCACUGACCCUGACCAGCAACACUCAGGUCAUUGGCACAGCUGGCAACACCUACCUGCCUGCCCUUUUCACCACACAGUCUGCUGGCAGUGGCCCUAAGCCUUUUCUCUUCAGCCUGCCCCAGCCUUUAGCUGGCCAACAGACACAGUUUGUGACAGUGUCCCAGCCUGGCCUGUCAACCUUUACUGCCCAGCUGCCAGCCCCACAGCCCUUGGCCCCAUCUGCGGGUCACAGCACAGCAGGUGGGCAAGGCGAAAAAAAGCCUUACGAGUGCACUCUGUGUAACAAGACUUUCACCGCCAAACAGAACUACGUCAAGCACAUGUUUGUACACACAGGUGAGAAACCCCAUCAAUGCAGCAUCUGUUGGCGCUCCUUCUCUUUAAAGGAUUACCUAAUCAAACACAUGGUGACGCACACUGGCGUGAGGGCGUACCAGUGUAGUAUCUGCAACAAGCGCUUCACCCAGAAGAGCUCCCUUAAUGUGCACAUGCGCCUCCACCGUGGGGAGAAGUCCUACGAGUGCUACAUCUGCAAGAAGAAGUUCUCCCACAAGACCCUGCUGGAGAGGCAUGUGGCUCUGCACAGUGCCACCAACGGCACGCCAGGAGCCACCGGCACUGGCGCGAGGGCCGUCCCUGCCGGGGUAGUGGCCUGCACGGAGGGGACCACUUACGUCUGCUCUGUCUGUCCAGCUAAGUUUGACCAAAUCGAGCAUUUCAACGACCACAUGAGGAUGCAUGUGUCAGACGGAUAAGUAGAAUCUCUCUCUCUCUUUGUUAUGAACAAAAAAAUAGAAACAACAAAAAAAGCUAUGGCACUAGAAUUUAAGAAAAGAUUUUUGUUUCAUUUUUAUCUUUAUUUUCCUCCUUUUUUUGGGUUCGUUUCGUUUUGUUGUUUUUGUACUACAUGAAGAACUGUUUUUUGCCUGCUGGUACAUUACAUUUCCGGAGGCUGGGUGAAUAAUAAUUUUCCCAGCCUCCCUCGGAUGGUGGCCUUAAGGCCAGGUAGUGCUUCAUGAGCUCCACUGGUUGGAUCUCUAGCUACUGGCCUCUAAAUACAACCCUUCUUUACUACAAAAAAAAAAACAAACAAAAAAAAACCACAAAAAAAUUUCAAAAAACAGACAGAAAAAACAAAAAAAAACAAUUUCUUUUUUCUCACUUGUGAAGAGCACUACAAAAAAAAAAAGAAACAAGACAAAAUAUAUUACAAAUCUACAAGGCCUACUGUCGUUAUAAGUACACCGCUCGCAGUGUUUCAAUGGACAUAAUUCACAAUGCUGAUCGCUUUUGGACUUCACAGUAUCCAGUUAGAACUGUGGAAUAUUUUGCUUCUGGUUGAGCAGCAACCAGAGGAAACAAGGCCCUGCUGGUUUCCACCACGUGUCUGCUUUCUCACACACACACGCAUCCACAAACACACAAAAGGGCUGAGGGGAGUGCGAGGCAGUGUGGCUUGGAUAGUGUGGAGUCCCUGCAGGGUGAGGAAGAAGAAUCAGAGGUUCCUCACCUGGAUUCUGCUCCAUCCCACGCUCUCUGGUGCACCCUCUCCGCUGCUUUUCCCAUACCACCACCACCACCUUACAGCAGAAACCAAGAAGAUUCAGACAACGAGCAACGGUGGCUUUUUUGUAAUUUAUUCAGUGUCUUCGCUGAGCCCAGGGCCUCAGCACAAUCAAGAGGGACUUUCACAGAAGGCAAAGAGAAACACAGAGGAAAAUCAAAGAUAUCAGAGGUUGCAACCUAUGGAUCUAGGUACAAGAGAAGGGUUAGUUCCCACAAUCUUUGCAAAAAAAAAAAAAAAAAAGUUGCAUCAGGAUUUAUUCUUGUGGAAGAAAGAGGAAUAGAGGGUGGGUGGGGAGGGGAAUAAUAAUUAAAAAAAAAAGAGUUCUUGGGACUUUUUUAAUUCAAAAUUUUAUAGAGGGGCAAAAGUGACGUUUACCAGAUAGAAUGCUGAUUUUUUUAAUAUAUUUACAACAGUAUUUGUGUAAAAAAACAAAAAAAGUGAGAUUGUUAAAAGUAAUUUUUCUUUGUUUUCUUUUUUGUUUUGCGUACACUGCCACUAAUAUCUUCUCUUUUAUUAUAUAUAUGAAUAUAUAUAUAAAUAUAUAUUUUAUUUUAAAUUGAGACUGUUAAGGUUAGCUAACCUGCUUCCAGAUAGAGGGGGGGAGGGGAGAUGAUCUUGAUUUUUAUUUUAAAAAAGAGGAAGGAAGUUUCUUAAUUUUCUUUUCUAGUAUUAUUCUCUCUCUCUUUUCUAAUGGAAUCAAGAAUUACCUGGGUCGAUGAGGGGCUCUGUGAAGUCAUCUGUGAGUUUAUCUACUAGAGUUUGUGCAUCCUGCAGUAUCAUUUGAACUGCUACUUUGUUUUUGAAUUACGUGGUUCUCUUUUUGGCUCUUACCAAGGUUCUGUUGUUUCUUCUUUUGGUUCCAUCUUAGAAUUUAUUUCUGCUGAAGGGUGGUUCCUUUUGAGAAAGAGAUUUUUCUAGCAAUGUUCCCUUGGUUUUGGGAAUGAUAGAAUCUAUAGUCUUUUCUUUCUUCUUCUUUGAAAAAGUAAUGAAAGUUUUGGAAGUGUGUAAUAAACUAGGAUUUCCCUUCUUUUUGGUCACUGGACAAGAAUUAAUCUGCUGUAUUGUUCUCUCAUCCCUGCCUUGCUCGCUAGAGAGCUUCCAUAUUUGUGUGGGAAUCUGAUCCUGCCCCUGGUAAUUUGCUGAUGCCAAAAUAACUUAAAAUGUUACCAUUGCGAAUAAUCUUCCCUUCCUCAUUUGCAAAAACGUCUAACUGAAGGGCCACAUCCCGCAUUCUCUGCAUACGCAAAGCUAUGCAAGGAAUGUAGGAUCAGUGUGAAAGAUUGAUUCCUGAUCUGCAUAUAUAUGUUGGUGUUUUGUAUUUUGUUUUAUUGUGUUUGGGCUGGUGUUCUCCCUAGUUGUCUUCUGUGUAUCUGUGUGAGAAUUUUUCCCCCAAAGCCAACUCCCAAAGUACAUGGGUCCUUAGUUCAGUUGGAUCAGUGUCUGACACUAUCUUUGUCAUGCUUGAAAUCCAUAGCGAGGACUUGCACCAGCUGCACUCUGGACUUUAUAUUUUAGGCAGAGAAGAAGCACCUAACAAAAAUAUGCAAAAAGAAAAAAAAAGAAAAACUGCUAGUUUAGCUUUUACUUGUGUCUAUAUAUAAAUUAAGCUUUCUUAAGUUUACAAAACUUUGCUUGUGAACACUGAGCAUUUCACAUGAGACAUUCUUUUAUGCUGGACGACUUUCUAACUGUUGACUUGAUAGAUCGCCACAUACGAUUUUGCGUGUUCUUUACACCUGCAGCUUCAGUAUCGGAUGUCUGUGAUUCAGCACAGGUAACCUCAUUGCUGUGUUCUACACCUGUUCCAUUACUGAUUUAUUUUGGGGAAAAAAAACUGACAGGUGGUUCAGUCUCAGAAUCUUUCUGUACCCUGCAAGGUAUUGUUCAGCAGAUCCUAAACCUUGAAGCCCUGACCCUCAGCUGCAGUAGGCAGUAUAAAGAGACUUUGUGGUGAGUGCCAGAGUAGAUGAGUCUCCUGUAUGGUAACAUCUUUUGGGUUUUACCACUUUGUUUGGGUAGUUUAAGGGGGCUAGAGAAGGAGCACAAGUUAAUUAAUAAAUAAUGUUCUCGUAACACACUGGUAAAAGCAACACUGGCAUGUAAACCAAGAAGUGAAAAGACAAAGCCUAAGACAAAGAGAGGGAGAACCAGUAUCUGCCAUGUGAAGACACACUAAACCUGUACAGAAAAUAAAAGAUCUAGAGACAAGGGUGUGCAAGAAAAUGGGGAAGGUGAACCUGUACAAAAGGAUUGAAGGUCUUUCUGUGGGGAAAGGAGUUUUUUCUGAAUGAAGAAUUUUACCCAUCUUAAAAAUCUGUAGCUGCUCAUUUGUCAUCUGAGGUCUGGGGAAAAGCUGUUUAAUUUGCUAUUGCUUGAUCUGGUGAACUAGAGUCAAGAUGUAGUGUAUUCUGGAAUAUGUUUCUGAUACUGGAAGAGAUAUGCCAGUACAGGAAACAAGAAUCAAGGUUUAUGUCCACCAAAAUCUGAAUACUGUGGUGUUUAGAGAGAAAAAUCCUAUCUAAAUUUUAAUUCUUUGAUUUUGAACCUUCCCUAAAUCAAAGAAGCAUCAUCUUUGAAAUGCAAAUUUAUUAUGGGACCUAAUAAAUUUGAAAUUAAUUAAAGAUCCACUGUGAAUUAAUUAAGGAUGUCCAUUAAAAAAAUAAGCAAAUUUCUUUAACAUAAAGUUAAGGCAUACUAGAAUUAAUUCUAAAUCACUUGUUGAAGAGUUUAGGCCAAGGUCUUCACAAAUGGUGGCCUGAAAUAUAAACUGAUUUUGUUGAACCUUCCAGGUUCAAAAAUGAGUGACUUGAUUUUCUAAAACAUGGAGUAACUUGCAGCAUGACUGUAAAUGUAGCUGAAAGUGCUCAUCGGGUCACUAAUUUAGGUGCCCUUCUGUGAACUUAGGAGUUCAAACAUAGACCCCUUUAUCUUUUAAAAUGUUAAAUUCUUUUUAAUAACGCUUCCUCCCAUCUGUUGAAAUACUUCUUUACUACUUGGAAACAAGUGCAGUAUCUGAAUGUUACAGGUAUGUUCAAGCUGCAGGUGUUGCUGCAGUAUUCCUUAGCAGACAGAAUACCUGUGGUACGCUAGCAGUGGCGAUGAUCUACGAACUGCUGUUGACAGAGUUUGAGUGCAUCCUUCUCAGUACACUUGAAAGGCUUCCUUCAAAACACCCGAUAAAAUGGUAUGAGAAAGAGCAGACUGCAGCACACUUCCCUGUGAUGGAGCACACAAUAUCCCGCAUUCCUUGAGCCUGAUUCUCACCUUCCCUAAAGCUCUGUGUAUUGCUUCAGCAAUGGAAAAGGGCAUUAAAUAGGACAUGAAUUCAAGCAUACAAAUCAAGGCCUCUCUGCAAGGCAAAAGUGCAAUAAAGGAAGCCUUAGAGUAAAUGAGAAGUAAGUGCCUUCUCUUACUGCUGCUGAGGCUGAUGAAGUCAAUUGAAAAUGUAGGACCGGCCAGAGCAGAUCUGCCCCGUGGUCCACCUUGCCCAGUAUUCUGUCUCUGACACAUGGUCAGUUACAGAUGAUUUGGAUGAAGAUGAAAGACCCCUGUUGGAUAAUUACAAAGUAAUAAGCAUAAGAGAGAAGAUUUAUUAUAAUCCUCAUUAGCUAUGUGUCUGCUUAUAACCUAAAGACAUAAUAAUUUAUGGCCUUAACUUUUUAUCCCACAUAAAAAUUAUAUAUUGCGGCAGAUAAUUCUCAUUAUCCUUUAAAGAUCUAGCUUGUUAACUCCUAGGUGGCCCCAGUGCUGUCCUGUGGAAGUGAGUUUCUCAGGUUAAUUGCCACCUUAUUGAAAUGAUUCCUUUUCAGGUUAAUUUUGUUGCUGUUCAUUGAAAUACUCUUUUUCUUGUAUUAUGUGAAAUUGUAAAUCAGAAAAAAAUUCACUUCUCUUGCCCGUUCCACUGAAGUCUGCCUCUCUCUGGGAAAUCUGAAUCCACAAGGAAUGCAGCACCACGAUGUCAGUGUCUGCUGGUCAGGAAGGAGAGAACAGCUACCGAGCGUGUGCAUGUGUGUGUCUGGGGUGUGUGCAUUAGUGAGAUUGUCCUACAGUGAUCUCUUGCAGAGGGCUAGCAAGUACAAUUUGUAAAGAAUGGGAACAUACCAGUAACAUACAGCAGUCUAGAAAUAGUAAUACGAUAUUUCAGUCUGGUCCCUCCUCUCACAAAACCCCUCUCAACAGUCUCUCAUAAGGGGAAUAGGUGUAGAUAUUUUGCAGGAUCUGCUCUGGGGACACUUUUUCAGCAAUUGUCAUGCUCCCUCUAAGCCCGCUUCUGGCCCAUGCUGUUAGUUACUUGCAAAACCAGCUCAAUUUCACAGUGAGCCAACAGGGAAGAGUGGCAUUUAGUUGACUUUCUAAGAGAAUGCGAUUUGCCUUUGCUCUAAGAUCAAAGAGGACAAGCGGUACCCAUUUUUCUUGGUUUGACUUCUUUUUCAUCCAAAGGAGAGUUGAGUAAUAACCCAUAUGCCAUCAGCCCCCUCACUUCUUACCAGCCCCAAACUGAUCGAUUUCAGUCGACCUUGGGCUGCUUGAUCAAUGCUGGAUCAUUCACACCAUGGAGGAUCAAAUCUCUUGCCUUUACUGAGUAAUUAUGGUAGCAUGUCUUGCCUUGUUUUUGUAAUGAAAACAAAACCUGUAGGGAGAAGGUACAAAACAUACUAUUUGCAGGAGUGCUGAGUUCAAUCCAAAACCAAAAGUAUCUAAACCAUUUCAAACAUGAUCAGACCUUCGGUAUGCCUAGGACUGUAGGUCUGUGACCCUCUGACAGUCUUGUGCUAAGGAAAUCUUUCAACUCUCACUGCUGAUUUGCCACUCAAAAAGAAAUGCAACAUCAAAUUAGCACCUGGUGGCUGUUCUGUCAAGGAAAACUAGACCUUGGUAAUCCAACCCUCUCAAUUCAGCAUCCAGCUCUUCUGAGCUAUUGAAAUAAACCUGAUGGAAAUGAAUCAGCAGGUAGCCUAACUGAAGCAGCAUCUGAUCAGCCUAAAGCAAAAUAGCUGCUUUUCACAUUGCCUGAUUUGUUUUUAUGCCGGCUGUGAAGAUUUGUGGAGGAGUAAUGAGAUGAAAACUUGGCCCUGAGAGGUUCUGAGCCUCCUCUGCUCCCAGGAGGCUUGUCACUCAGUAGGGUCUGGCCCCUGAAGUGAUCACAACUCUGCUGAGGAAAGGCUUAUGAGAAAGUACAGGUAAUGCAUUGAGUCUGCAGUCUUGAGUUUGUAAAUGCAAUGAAAACCUUCCCCAGCACAUGAGCAUCCCGCUGACAGAAACCAAAGCCAGGUAGGAAGGCCGUGCGGAGUGGCAGAUACUGGAAGUACCAGGUUUCUGCAGCGUGCCCAGUAAGAGAGCCAAGCAUAUGAAAGUGGCCUAAUGCCAGAUUUGUGUCCGUCGAGGGCUUGUUCUGGCCGUGCCAAGUCAGUGUUCUUGCUGCUGUUAACCUUAUUUGUCCUGCUAGAAGUAAUAAGCUCUCAGCUAACUUCCUUUAAAGCUACUCGGUGAUCCAGUUCAUUUUAGCAGGAGCAAAGAAAUCCCCAUAUUUUGGGAGAUGACCAAGCUGGGAAAUUUGGAGAGAAUUUUAGUUAUGUGUAUAUUCUUCAGACUGACUUGGACGAAAAAAAAAAGGGGGUUAUGUGUUUGUUAGCAUAGAACAGACAGAUUUGGUCCACAAGGGAGACACUGACAGACAGACAACCUGUCUGAAAAAUACGAAUGCUUUGCUCUCUUAGACCUGUUGUUGUGAAGCACAAGGAGGAAUCUUUGUUCCAUUUUUCUAAGAAAAUGUGUAAAUGAGAAACAAGAUGUAUUAGGUAAUAGUGUAUAUCCACCUAAUUAUUCCCAGUGCUAAUACCUAAUCAACUAGAUUAGUGCCCCUAGGAACAGUGAAAAUGUUAUGCAUUCAGUGUUUCUAUUUCUGAUCCCCCUCCGCUAUAGUUCAGGAGUAACUAAGAUGAAAACAGUAGAGUUAUAAAAAUGCAAAAUUUUGGUGAACAGAAGAAUUGUUUCCCUGUGUAUACCUGCCAGUAUCUGGACAAAUAUCCACUCUGAAUUCAUGUUUAUAAUUACUAGGAUACCAUUAGACUAUUUUGGUUGAAAAUCUAUGGUUUUAGUGAAAAAAAAGCCCACAAAGUUAAUAGAUACUUUUUCAUUAUAUAUUUAACAAUGGUGUGCUGGCUUCUUUUUACAUUUUAGCCUCUGCAGUAGUGCUUGAUCCCCAGGCAUUGUGAGAGAGUCCAGGUGCAGGAGAAGCAGAGCUGACUGAUAUACUGUGAAUAGGUAUAAAAAUUAAAUUGUACCCAUCAUGUGCUUUAAAUCACUAUUCACAUUGCAAGUUGGUAACACAGCUAAAGAGUUUCUGGGUUUAUUUCAAAAUAUAAGGGGUCAAAUAUAGUCCAAACAUAAAUCUAGCAAAGUCACAUCAGGAGAAGAAUCAGUCAUGGUGGUUUUAAAAUGCCAGUUUCCACAAGAAUUGUGCAAUUAAAAGGUUUUAAAAGAAGAGGCUGACUCAGGAUCUGCAGAACUCUGCUACCUUGAGUCUUCGUGCUGUAUGUGAUCACAGUUUCUACCACCAGAACUAAGGCUGCUUCACUAACUGACUUCCUUUCCCUGCAGUCGGUGAACUGAGAUAUUUGUGCACAACCGCAUAUGCCCAAGGAAAACUCUUAGUGUCUCCCCUAGGAAAAGCAGUGUAACAUUGAAGUAAGCAGACCAAGAAAGUCUUCCAAACACUCUGUUAACUGUAUUUUUAAACCCCCAGUUUACACGUUUUUCUGCAACUAUUUUUCAGAAAGCAAAGAGCAGUAAGAUACUUCUUUGGGAAGCAAAUACACUACAGCCUUGAUUGAAUACACUACACCCUCAUAUAGAAUUGUUGCCUUAAUUGCAUCAAAAAAUGCAGAAAUGCAUCUGAGCAGUAUGGAGUGUACUUACAUUUCGUAUCUGUAGCAAAGUUUCAUCGAAAACACUCUCUUCGUAUGAAAUGUGUUAUAUUGUGUUUUUCUGUUUGAGAGGGUAGGGAAGAGGUGAAGAAGUAUUAGUGAGGCACAGUGGUCUCUUCAUAUUGGACGGUGCUUUGCAGCUGAUUCUUACCUCAGUUACAGGUCCAGGUUUGGCUUUUUCCAAAGUGAUCUAUCUCCUUUUGUUCGGGUUGGCUGACGUCAGCUCCCUGCUGGAGGGUAAAUCCUCAUCCUAAACCAAAUGACUAAUACAGGGGUAAGGUUGUGUGAUUUGAUCACUGACUCCAGCCUCACCAAUGCCAGUGGAAUUCAUAGAGAAAUCUAAGGAAAAGCUGCUUCCCAGUGACAAAUUCUUGAUUUCUAUCAGCGCAACCUGUAUUGGCACUUUUGGGAUUGCAUGUAUGUCACUACAGAGGAAAGUAAGCCUUUUGAUGAUUUAGCUGUGAUUUCAUUUAAGAAAAACGUAUUCUAACAAUAUCCUUUUGCUGCAGCAGUAUCACUGUACAAACAAAAGAACUGCCAAUAUGCCAUCAUGUUUGAGAACUUCUGUCCAGUUCAGCCCAUAGGGACAUUCCUGUUUCCACUCCUGGUGCAAACUUUAUCAGCUUGCUUUGUCAUGCAGCCACACCAGAAGCAUCCCUUGUAAAUGCUCUGUGUCAGAUUGGGUUUAGGUGUUACAGUAGCCAUAGCCUUUUGCAAGGUCCCCACUGGGAUUUACCCUGCUGGAAAAUCUGGUACCAGUGUAGCAAAGCAUUCCUUGCUUCAGUUAUUUUCCAGGCAGAACUGCAGGCUUUUACAGUGUGCACACUUCCUCCAGGCUGACUUCUUGGUGAUCCUUUGCCAAGGUCACAGUUAUGACACUUGAGGAGAGUGCAGAGUUUGGUUAGAUACUUAUUACUGUCCCCAACUGUCCGGUUCUGCGGUGUCCUGUUCCUACAAAAUGGACAGGUAUCUUUCUGAGAUCUGUACUUCUAAUUAGGCAGCUUUUCUACUUCACUUUGCUCCUUUUCCUUUUGCCACCUGGAUAUUGUCACGUUCUUUGCUGAACCUUAGAAAGUCCCCUAGAAGUUCAAAACCCGUGCGGAACAGACACUGUUUGCCUAGAGAGAGCCACCACGUCCAGCAAGCAGGAUUACCUUCACCCACCUGCCCUGAAAUACUUCACAGCUUUCUUCCUCUCGUUUUUUUCCAUGAAGUCCUUUACUUUGGUUUCUCACCUAGUCAGUUGAUACCUAUGGGAUCUUUGAACAAAACCAAAUUAUGUGGCCACCGUGUGUGUGUGUAUGUGUGUGCCGAUGUAUGUGUGAGUACGCAUGUGUAUGUGUGUGUGCGUAGGCAGAUAGCUAGCCAUCUCUUUCUGGCUUUACAAACAUGUUGCUAAUUGAGUGUGUGGACAUGCAUGGUUCAGGAAAGGGUUUAGAUGAAGAAACGGUUACAGCAUUAACUGUGGAGCAUUGGCCUGAAUCCGUAUGAAUUUAAUGGAAAAUAAGUGCACUAUUUAUUUAAGCAGUGUAUAUGCACACCUAUAUUCAUAAACCACAUUCUGUCUGCCGGAUGCUCUUAACUGGGUGUUUGCCCAAGGAAGGUGUUUGGCCUCAUUGAAAACAUGACAUCCAGAUUUGAUCCAGUGUAUUUUUGUGUGUACCUGUUCUGAAGGGAAGGCUGAAGCAUGCCUCCCAGAGCCUUGUGUGGUCUUUCAGCCACAAAAUAAAUAAACCAGUCCAGCUCAGCAGGCUUCACGAGCAGAGAUGGGCAUCCAUGGCAAGUGACAGCUCUGGAAUGAUAUUCUUGAGUUCAGUCACUCAUUUCCAUUGAAUUUCAACAUGUUCACCUGACAAAGGAAUAAAACCCAAGCAAAAUGAUCUAACUUGCCAGUUUUGUCCCCUUAAAAGAACGUUAAAAAUUAUCAAGUCUUUAAUAAUUAGCAACACAGUGUAUUGAUAGGCUCUGAAAUACUCUGGGUCUGGAGUCUCUAGUAUCCAAAGCGCCAUAUCAAACAGCUCUUUCCCCACCUCAUAUACUCUGAAACGUGUUGACUAUGAGUAUCUUUACAAGUGAUCCGAGUAAUCCAUUCCAAAUGUGCAGUCACUAACAAUUGACGAUUAGCUUUCACUCCUUUGGUCUUUGCCAAAAUCUUUUCAGGAACAUGGUUAGUGUGUGUAGAAGACCAGUAGAUUUGACAGGAGGAGAAGGAGUUGGUCAGUGAGAGUAUUCAGUAUGGAAUCCAUGAGAAAUGCAGGAUUUCUAGAACUCAUUUUGCGCCCAUUUAGUUAGUGGGAUGAAUAAGGAUGUUUAGCUACAGCUGCCUAUUUUGGUAUCAUGUUGGCCCUAAAAGUAGCAUUUUAUUCUUUUAACUCUUUUGCCCCAUUGGGGGGUUGUCCUUGUCUCAGAAAGGGUAAUUGGAGAUUGGGGGGUGGUGGAUUUUUUUCUUUCGUUUCACUCAUACAAAGUUGAGUAAAUGUUAUUCCUUUUCUUAGAUUGGUAGCAUUUCCCUUCCCCUUUUGAAUAAGAUGAUAAAUGCAACAAUUUUGGCUGGUUGAUUUUGGGUGAGGUUUUUGUUUUGGUUUGGGGUUUUUCUUUGGUUAAAUGUACAUUGUCUCUCUAUAGUCAGAAUGUCUGUGACUGUAACAGUAUGUAUUUCUUUUACUGGAGAAAAUAGACUUUUUGGGUUUUGUUAACAGUACUAGUGACUUUGUGGAAAAUGACAAGUUGCUAUUUAGAUCUGCUUAGUUAAGUACAGUACACUACAAUACAGUAUUUCUGAAAGCUAGAACAUACAGUACACAAUAUAUAUAGCAAUUCUAUAUCAAUAUUAUAUACAUAGUAUAAUCAUUUAACUUUUGCAUCUGCCUAUGAUCAUAGAAGAAUAAUUUUUCACAUGUAUCAUUCACAACCCAAUCAACUGCUGCAGCUAUUUGAAGCAUUUAACAAUCAUUAUUACAGCUCUAGUGUGCUUUUUCAUAUUAUUGGCUUCUUUAUUGUCUUUACAGUAAUUUUUUUCAGGCUUUUUUAAAUCUCUGUGUAGCAAGAUAUAGGAAAGUAAUUCUUUUUAAGAAAAGGUAAAACAGUAUUAGGCUCUACAAAAAGUUAGAGAUUGUUCCCUGCUACCCUUUCAUAUCAGAAGAACAAUUAAUCAAAACAAUUAAGGUUAUCUAUUAGCUCUCUUCUAAGAUGUCCUGUUAUUUCAUUUGUAAAAGUGUAUGUCAGACUUUCCUCUUCCAUUCCUAGCCUUGGAGAAAGAUUCCGCAAGUGGUCUUUGUACUCUUUCCAAGUUCUGUUUCUUUAGUGUUUUAAGAUUUCCAAAAAUGAUUCUCUGCACUAACUUGGGGUACAAGAAAUAUUAACCUCUGUACAGUUAUGCUAAUUGUGGCCAGUGGAUUUUGCCAGGAAUUGGAUAAAUACCUCCAUCCACCACUAUUAGUAUAUUUUACGUAUCCACUUGAUUCCCCCUCCUUUUCAAAUGAAAACAUCUGCAAGUUUGAGUUUCAGUUCAAAAGGUUUCCAAGCUGAGUGUUGCCUUUUUCAUCUUCACACCACGUUGCUGUUGGUUCUGAGUGUGGGGUCAGUCCCACUCGAUUUUAAUUGUCACCACAGAGCUGCUGAAAAAAACGUCACCAGGGAUAUGUCACCAUCCAAAUAGCCCAGGGGAAGCUGAUUGACGCCAAGCCCACCUUAUGGCUUGGGGUGUCCUUUCUGUAUUCUCCUCUUGCGACAGAUGGCCCAGGCAACAAGUCUAGAUCCAAACUCCGCAAGAGUGCAGACUUACAAGAGCAUGGGAAUUUAUGUUUGCUUUUCUAAUUCGGGUACAUCUCAGCUGACCUUCAUUCCUUUUGUCGAUAACAUACCGCUCCUGAAUGAAACCGGGCAAAAUCAAGUGGAUGAGGGUUGUGGAGGAGGUAUUCAUUGUAUCUCAUUUCUCCUAACUGUGAAGACUGGAAGAAAUGGGAGAUGGUCACAUCAAACUGUGCUUUCACUGAGAAUGAGGAAAUCUGUGUCACUGCAAAUCAAUAAGCUUAAAAGUUACUUUGGAGUGGGAAGAGAGGGAAAGUGUUACCUAUGCCACAUCUUGGGAUAAUAAAACGAGAACUUCAAGCAUGGGAAUAUCAAGUGCUGGCGUUCCUUAGACACUCCUGUCAUCUGCCAUUUGCACUUUCGUGGAGGCCACUACCACAUCCUUUUUCUUUCUACUUGCAGUUUAAAAGUUACGGUCUUCCAUCAGUGAUCUCUUAAGUCUGGCUUUUCUUUAUUCUGUGUAUACCCAUUUGUAAGGGAAGGAGGAGACUAUCCUCUCGACAUUAAUUACGCAGGUAACAAAAGUAGCUUACCCUAUUGCAUAAGGAUGGGCUUUGUCCCGUUAAACCAAACAGGUGCCAUUUCUCAAAUUAAUUCCAGUUAGCUGCUGCAGUGCUGAUUCAGUGGUCCACAUUUUCUGACCAUGGUCUUUGCCUUUUCAUUUGACUGAAUGCUGAAUCGUACAUAUUUUCAUAGAGAGUGUUCUCACUUCACUGAGAAUGCCUGAUCAUUUAAAUGGCUGCAUACCCAUUCCACGCUUCCCCUGCUAAUCCUUUGUAAGGUUCAGUAAUUCAUUUAAGAUAAUUACUAGUUUAAUGUGUUUCUUGAUUUAACUUCUUUGUUGCCUUUUAUUUUUCCUAAUGCUUUUUUAAACACCUCAGUUCAUUUUGCAUCUUAUACAGUUUACAGUUUAUAUUUUUAGGCUAAGAAGUGGUUUUACAAACAGGAUGGUACCAAACAGGUAGAUUAUCCACACUAGAGAUUGUACUUUUAGAACGCAGUGUGUACAGAUACAAUUGCCUAAGGGAAAGUGAAACUAACAAAAUAAUCAGCUGGUGAACACUAUUUUAACAUAUCUUUUACAUAAAAGACAAUCAGUCAUUUGUGAAUCCAGAAAUCUUGCUUUUUUUGAACAUGUAUCCUUUCUUUUUCAUUCUCUGAAGAAAUACUAAUCUUGAGAGUUGUGACGUUCUAAGAAAUUCAUUUCAUAUGUGCAUAUUUUCUGCUUUUCUAAGGAGAGAGAAAACAGGUGAUACUGGCUUUACAGUUUUACAGAUUUUUGCAUUGGAGAUUUCCCUUGAACGAUAUAAACAUCAAGGGAAGACUCUUGUCCAAAUAUUAGCUUUAUUCUAGUAUAUGGUUUUCAUUAUGACUUUCGUUUUCCAUCUCCUCGUUGACCAAGUAGACCUCCAGGGUUAACGCAAACCAUGGUCUCAGGUUUCUGUGGUCAACAGCAUUUAUAUUCAGCUCCUUUUUGCACUUCUGUUCUGUGUUACGCAGCUUUUGAGGAACACAACAGUCGCAGUAGGUAACACUGCCACCACCAGAGGGAGAACCUCCUAAGAGAAUGUUGCUCUAUGCUACAGAAAGGGAUUUUAAAGUUCUUCACUGCAAGGUUGAGUAAGAGGAGAGCCCCCCACCUUGGGGGUGGUUGCACCAAAGACUGGGGGCCUCCCACGAGAGAGGAAUGCUUGAACUCCAUACAAGGGACUUGCUCUUCGCCUGUGCCACUUAGAGAAAAGACUGAAUCUCCAGUAGCCGCUGCUGCUCAUUUAUUAUCUUCUAAAGAAUUUUUAGUUCCUAUUUAUUGACGGAAGAGGUAUACUCUUUCAUUUAUUGGAGUCAGAAUUACUUGUUUGCAAGUUUCAUUGUCUUUUGGGGUGCCCUGUUUCCUUUGUCCUAUGCCAGGAUGUAGCUUGGGCUGCUGGGGUCCUUUAAAUCUGGAAUGUACCCCCAGAUUCAUAUGUGCUGAGCAUUAACUCCCCUAGAUCCUUGCUCCAAAGUUCAGAUUAGAAAAAAUUCAUACAAUGAAAUGAAGCAGUAAAUCGGUAGUUUCCCAUAAACUCCACCCAUAAUGAACUUUUGUUGUCAAACAUGAGAUAAAUAGGCAGGAUGUACUGCAUGACCUUUCUUCUCAGCAUCAGUGAGGUCAUUAUUAUAUUACCUAAUCCUGAAAAUUGACCGGACCCAUACUCUGUGGGCCAAAUUCUGCAGCUGGGACCCACGUGCUCUUCUGUUGACUUCAGUGCAUUUUCUGUGGCAGCGAAAGCGUACAUAGUCCACAGUAAGCUAUAGUCUAAAAACUAGUUUCAUGUAGACCAUUUAAGACAUCACAGGACUGUUCCUCAUAAUUUAGCAUGUUUCUGCCUAAAGUUUCUAUUCUUCAUAAAACUUACUCAAGGUUUGAUUUCACUCCAACAGGCAGUUGUUAAGGGCUCGGUGAUGAAAUAGUCUCUGCUUCUUGCUGGGAGGCUUAAUUCAAAAGAACUAUACAGGGCAGGACAGCUGCUUCCCUUUGAACAAGCCUGGGACUUUUUUUGUCCAAAGAGUCAUAAAUAGCCUUGACUUCCCACAUGUAGCCUGUUUCAGUUUGAUUUGUGAUGGGGUAUUGAUCUUAAAUAAUUAAAUAGUGAGCCACAAUGGUGUAGAUAUAUGAUAGACAGCAAUCACUUUUCCCUAAUUUACACCCUUGCUGUGUCACGUUUCUAUUGCCAGAACAAAGUAAAAGCAUUUGGGUAUUUGGAUAUUUGGAGUUACUUGAGUCUAAGUUUCUGACUGUUUCACCAAGAAGCACUCUGGCCAUACCUUUUCUGUAAUGGUGAUCACAUAUUCGUGUGGGUGGAAUAAAGUUGUUUCUGUGUAAUAUCUGAUUAUAUAACCCCAACAUUCAGGCUAGAAAUCAAACUUCUCUGUGGACUUUUUUUUUUUUUAGAAAGUGCUACAGCACUGGGUAUGCAGGAGAAUGGAUGGGAACCCACAUAGUCUAGUGUGAACAAACGCAUUUCAGCAGACAGGUAGGACACCCUCAAGUACACACAGCUAAGCAGAAAGAAAAAUCACUGCUGUUGAUUAUACUGGCUAAAUUGAUGGGUUUAGACUUGACAGAAGAGCUAGGAAGCGUUAUCUGGUCUGUCUCAUGUACGCUCUGGCGUGGGACACACCACUGUAGCUCUGCGCCCAGAGAAACUGGGUUUAGGUGCCAGCCCCUUGCCUUGGCUAGUGAUUCUUUUGUGCUCUCUUUAUUUUUCAUGAUAGGCUCAUUGGUAAAGAUAAACAGAUAAACAGCAAAAGUCCUUACAGCCUGGCAUUUUUCUGUUUUGGAGGUGGAUAUUCAGGAGCCCUGCACCCUUAUUUAGAUUCUUUCUCGUAGGUUUUUUCCUUAUUUCUGUGCAUGUGAAAUGCUUUUCUGCACUAGGAUGAAACAGAGUGUAUCUGUGUGCCUGGAGGCAAGGGCACAGUUCUAUCUUUCCAAGAAAGAGAAAAAUGAGGAGCCUGCUUCAGUUCUUGUUUGGUUUAUUUGUUGGUGUUUGCUUUUGUUGACAGUCUGGGGUGGGCUGGACUUGGGAGUGAGGGCAGAGGCAGAAGGCAUGAGGAAGCGUGUGCCUGAGCCUAAGUGAAGCAGCGCGUAAUAUUCCUCUAUAUACUGAGCAAUUACAGUGAGAUUAGCGUAGCAGCAGCAGUAUUGCCCUAAUGUGUUCCUUUUCCCAUACAUUUCCCUUUCUUGCUCCUCCUUCCCUGAUGUGGCCUCUUACAGUGCUUCAGUGGUUCCCCACACUCCUUUCUAUAGUUACGAGGGUUGAAUGGAGGCUUUUGUGGCUAUCCAAACUGAAAUUAAUCUCCAAACCAGUGAGUACCCCAAAGUCUUAGUUGCGUUUUCCCAACUGAUACCUUAAUGAGUGGCAAGCCCUGGCAGAUGUUUUAUUUUGUGAAAAGAGAGAGAUAGGCUAGGGGAGGUAUGGGCUGACUGGGAUUCAGUAACCUGCUUGCCUUUGUUAUUAGUGACCUUUAUUUUGUUUUUCUUACGUGUUUUCCUUUUGAGGUACUUAAGAGCUUAUAUGCCUGUCAUUAAAAUUCCUGCUUUUCCCACCAUAGCCCUUGAUGGGUUGGGUCGUGAAGCAAAUCCUUUAUAGUUGUGUUUCUGCAGGAUGGGGGAGGGAGUUGUCCAUGCACGUGCAUGUCUGCGUGAGAGAAAGAAAACUAAAGUUAGUGUUGAUCUGUCCAUUUGUUUUAGGGUGGCCACAGAGAGCUGCCACUUUGAAGAGUUGAUUGCACUACAGAACCUUAGCUUGGGCACUGUUAAAAUAAGGACUGUAUAUUGGGAACAGGGAAGCUUUUUAGAUUUUUGUAUCCACACUUACACAUGCCCUUUGCAAGGUGUGCCCUUACAAAGUUUGCAUCUGACAACUUUGUGUAAAACCACUACUGACCUUUUUGCUGUAUCCAUUUAGUUCUCUCUUCUUUCUGCAGCCCCCAAACAAUGGCUUGUCUCCUUUCCAGUUUCUGUCAUUUGAUUUAUUGUGUUUUCGAUAAAUGUCAGAUCUGCUAAUGAGAUCUCUACGUUGAGCGAGAAAACGAGGCAUACGAAAGUGUGGCUGGGAGACUGCAAAUCCCUCUUUGUGUUGGCGCAUUGAUACACUUUUACUGAGAGCUGAUUUCUUGGGGGCUGGGUGGGGUGGGGAGGGAGUUUGUGCUUUUUUGGUCUGGAUAAGGCUUUUUAUUUUUGCACUAAGUAUGACUGCACUGCAUUGCAUUGCACUACUGAAAUGUAUUUACAUGUGGUGGGAUUGGAAGGGGCCAAUUAAGCAGGAAGGGAGGAGAGAAAGGGAUAGGCACAGAAAACAGGAUGUACCGUAAACCUGACCAGGUUGAAAGAGAACUGGGGUCACCUUUACCUUAAGCAACUAGUCAGACACUGAGAUAGCUGUGUUGGAUAGCUUCUGUAAAAUAAAAAAAAAAAAAAAAAAUAGAAAAAAGCACUAUAAUAGAAACUGAAGAGGCAUCACAGGUUUCAGGGUGCUACAGAUCUUUUCCCCCCUUUUCCCAGACGGUGUUCUUUGGGGCUGUGAGAGAGUUAAGAGAACUGCUCAUCACAAAAACCAAUGUAAGGCUUCAACGUAAAGAUACCAAUUCCUAGUUUAGAUGUCAAAACUUGCGUUGUCAGAUGGGACCUCGUCAGAGAGGUUCGGCUGCAAUUAGCAUCCCUUCAGUAUAAGCAUGAUCGCUCAGCUCAAGAAGUGAAGCCACAGAGCAGGCUUACCAAAGGGGAAGGUCACUGAAAAAAAGCACUUCUUUCUGAGGCUGUUAUGGGAACAGUGCAAUAAACAGUUAUCCUGAACACUCGAUUAAAGGUGUUCCAGUCAAGCUUUUGGGACAGAGGGAGCAGGAAGGACAUUUGGACAAGAAAGGGUGACAUGGUAUUCAGUGCAGUAAGUACCAUUCAAAACAAUACAGUUCCUGCUUAGGCAAAGAUGCUGUUGAGCAUUUUAAGAUCGUCAGUCUGAUUUCUCUUGUCAGACGGAUAGUCGAGCAUUAUGAAGGCUUUUGGCUGGAAUCAAAUGGAAUCCUAAGUUGGAAAGUACUUUUAACACUCAAGCUGCAUGUUGACCUAUGCCUUGGCCAUUAACUUUGUAACAAGCAUAAUAUGAGAAAAAAGAAAACAGUAGUAAUGUGCAGCAAGAUCCAUCUCUGCUGUAACUCUUUGUGGUCUACAAAGUCUCAAAAGUUUGUGUUGAAUCUCUUCAGUAAGACCAUAAUUACAACUUCAGCCAGGAGGUGAAACAGGAUCAUGAAGAAUGCUCUGGAUAGCAGCUGGGAGAAGCACAUAAAACAUGAGUACGUCUGCUUUGGUCCUGUAGUGAAGGGACCGCCUGUCUAAUGUGUGCAGACAUUUCAUGGACAAAAAAGGGGAGGUAGUCAUCCAAUUGCUAAGGCAAGUUGAGAGUAACUGGGUGGUCAGAAAUUUGUUUAUGCCCUAAAUUUCUCCUUAGACUUGAAGCUAAGACAUUUUGGCAUCAUUAGUACCGAGGAAUGGAUAGUAAAGAAUUGCACAAUGCAAAGCGGAUUGCUGCUGGUCAGUCUGUUGGGCUGCCUCAUUUGAGAAAAUUGUCCGGGGCCAGAGGAGGAAUAGCAUACAAGAGGCAGGUCCUGGGUGGGAAAGAACAAAUCUGUCUGGAACCAGGAGAGACUUUGGAGUUAAGGAUGUGUUUUUCUGGCAAGCUCUGAAAUUGCCGCUCUUAGGUUUUAUCCAUCCUGGCUUGAAAGGACUGGAAGAGAACUGGGGAUAUCCUCCAGUGUAGUGUUAGAUGAGCUACUGAAUGGUUCUUCCCUUGAAAGCAGGCAGGGCAGCAGAACACGCAGUCUCUUUCUGAGCCAUCUGCAGGAAUCCUGUAAGAUGAAAACCACUGGAAGGUCAUCUUCCAGUAAUGAGGCAGCGGGAGCCCAACAAAAGCACCGUUCAUGUGAGGGUCAGCAUAAUACAGUGGCAGGAAAGCACCUUUAAUUUGUAAAAUGGCAUUUGCGUCUACAAGAGUAGUGACAGCUACCGAGUCGUGAUAUGGGAGGAGAUGAAGUCUGUCUGCUGAAGUUAAUUCAGGUUAUGAGCCAAUACUCCCCUUUUUUUGUUUAGGUGAGUUUUUGUUUUGUUUUCUUGUUUAAAACAGCUGCAUAUACUGCUACUGUCAGAGCAGAUUUGCAUUGUCAAAGAGGAAUGGUGGGCUGCUCCGGAAAAAAAGUGAAGCUGAGGGUUUACUGAGCCUGCUGUGUCCAGAGUGCCUUUCCUGCUGUGGUAAAAUAAAGAACUUGCGUAGUUUGAGCUGUUCUGGCUGACUGAUUGCUGCAUAUUCCUCCCUUGUGGUGUGACCUGAUGGCAACCAUGUUUGGUCAAGGCGAGGAACACUGCAUGCUUGCAAUGCUGUGAUAAGAUGCCAUUUGCACUAGUUUUUAAAAAGUACUGCAACCUGAAGAAGUGGGCUUUGAGCCAUGCUCCAAACCCGGGUCUGAAUUCAGCCUGUUUAAACCUGAUUCCAGCCGAUCCAGUUUCAACAAAACUGGUCUAGCCCAUGUAAACAGGAACCAAACCAUGUUUUAAAAGCCAAAUUCCAGCCUGUUUUCACUCAGUUACAGUGGUCAAGCAGAUCAGUUCCUGGGCAUAAGUUUGAUUGUAUAGUUUUAAUGGCUUUUAAAUAAGUUGUUCCUUUUUACAUGGUCAGUUUGAAACUAGUUUAACUGGACCUGCAUUUAAAUAUAGCACAAACGCUUUUUUUUUUUUUUUCAGCAUGGUACUAAAGCCCCAUGUAGACAGUGCUUGACUGAGAAACCAAGGAUAACUUGAGGUUUAUUUUAAGAAGCCAAAACAUAUGUUGCUGACUAGAGAUGCCGCAUAAGUUAAUGCCCUAUUUUUUUCUCCAGAUGGAGAAACACUAACUUCCAUAAUUCUCCUCCAUUUGCCAUCCUGCUUCAUUGUUGCACCUUUUCUCUUGAAUGAAAAUCACUUUGGCCAGUGGGCUAAAUCCAAAACAGAACUUCCCUGUACUGUUUGAUCAUCUUGUUUCUGUACGUUCCUUUCCUCGUUGUUGACAAGCACUACUGAGGAUCAGCUUGAGUUUUUGCUGGGAUUAUGUGGCAUAGUUAUGAUUCAAUAAGAUGCUAGUGGUAUUUUCAACAUUAUGGUAAUUUUAGAGCUUAGCCUUGAGGAAAAUGUUAUGUUUCAGAAGUUCCACGGAAAAAAUAAAAUGCCAGGAAUCAUGAUGGAGUUUCAGCCACAGUGCUGUAGCCAAGUUUGUAGGGAACGCAUUUCUGGUGGCUGGUGAUGCUGACAUUUACAAAGGCAAUUUGAAAGCAAUAGAACACGUGUACUUUUUCAUCCCCGCUGAACUAAGAGAAUUUAUACUCGCAGAAUGAUCCCGGAGUAACCUGUCAGUGUUCAUCACUUUUUCCCUAGUGGAGGAAGCUAAACAGUCUGUCACAUCACCUUAGAGAGUCUGAUUUUGCUUCAAGACUGCUUCCAAACGGCCUGCCAGCCAGGUGCCCUCCCUCAUUGAUUCUGGUAUCACAGUGGCUUGCAAUUUGUCACAUCAGCCAAGGUGACCAAGAGAGAGCCUUGGCCCCAACUAGGAGCCUUUUACCUUUCCUUUUCCUUUUGGUUUUCCAUCGAACCAGGAGUGCAAUUAGUGGUGAGUACAUGGCAGGUCAGCUGUUGCUCCAGAUGACAAGAAUGGCAAAGCCACAUGGCGACUGAGCUACUGUUGUCCUCAAGGACACCAGUAAAGGCAAAAGACCAGGCUCUGGUUGCUGGUGUAGUUGUAAACCUACAGCUUCUGCUGCUUGCCCCUGCAAACUUGUUUUGGUCAGCUAUGCUGUUGCCCUCGAAUAUGCUUUGUGUGUGAAAAACUGAAUGCGAUUGUUCUGUUGUCUGUCUUCUUUCUUCUGCAUCACGGAUGUGGCACCAACUUACUCUCACAACAAGCUUGAGUUUUGUUUUGCUGUUGUUGUUAAUAUGUAAUUCUACUGUAGACCAAAAAAUACGAAAAGGAGAAAAAAUCAGUUUCAAGACAUAAAAGACCAGUGAGUGAAAGGUGAAAAAAUUUAGGAAGCGAAGGUGUGAGAGAAGCAGUGGUUAACUGUGUUAAGUUAGAAAUAUCAGAAUAGCCUUACCUAUUUCUUAACCAAUGCUUACCAAUCAUCCAGUAGUGGGGUUAGAUAGCUUUCUUGGCUGAUUCAUACCUGUAUCCUAAUAUAUAUAUAUAUAUUAUUUUUGUUUCUUUGGUAUUGCUGUUGCACAUCAUGUUGUCUUUUAUAAUGCCUGAUUUUUAUUGUAUUGUACUUUAUCAGUCUGUUUUGUUUUUGUUUUCCUUUUGAAGGAUGGGAAAAGUAAUGUUUCCUUUUUGUUUAGAAUUUUUGAGAAAAAAAUGCACUGGAAGUAAACACAAACACAUUUUGCCAUUUGGAAAAAGGAAAACACACAGCCACGCAGUGGAAAAGGCUAAGAAAAAGCUCCCCUCUUCUUCCUUAUUAUGGAAGCAUACUCUAAAAGAUAUGCUAGAAAGAAAACAAACAAACAAAUCGCAAACAAAAGAAGAGAGAAGCCUCUUUGAUCCUAGCUCUGCAAUCUGGAGUAUUUUAACGCAGUGUUUUGCAGGGUCAGGCUCCUAAAUGGCCAACAGUCACAAAAUCCAGAACCAUAUGGGGCAAAUUCAUCCCUGGUGCAAGCAGAUAUAAUUGCAUUGAAGUCAAAGGAGGUGCACAAAGGAUGGAUUUAGCCACAUGUGUCCAAGAUACAGCUGCCUUCCCCAUAGUACCUAAGGCCCCACUGCUAGAUUUUAUCGCUGUCGAAACAGUUGGUCUUUUGGCUGUGUUAAUCGCAUAAUACCCCUUGAAUGUUGUCCAAGGUAGGCAAAAUACUUUCCCACUGAAUAAAUCAGUUCUGGAUGCACCUUGGCGUGACACUUUUUGCCUACCAGCUUUCAGCUGUUACCCACUCCCAGCCGUGAACUGAUAUAAUCUGACUCUGGCUGAAGAGCCUGCCUUUGCCAGAAAAAUGGACUUGACUAUUAAGCAUAGUAAAACUUAUGCGUAUUUAACUACUAUGAUCCAGAAAUGGCCCUUGCACUUUUAAGGCAUAUGGAAACAUCCUCUCUGUCUUUCAAAAUGGCAACAGUUCCUUUGUGAGCGAGACGCGGCGUGCUGGCAUGUGUGCACGCACCCACGUGUGGUCCCUGGGCUCAUUGCCCCAGAUUCUUCCCAGAUCUUUCGGUGCCUGGCAGUGUCCUGUCUCCAUAGUGUCUGGUCAUUUGAGUACAGUGGGGCAGAGACACGGGUUGAGAUAAAUGCAAAGAACAUACAUUUUAAAAGGCAGAUGAUUUUCCUGUUAUGCCAGCAUCUUUGAAUCCCCAUAUCAGCUGAUGGUUUUUCCUAGCCUGACGGCUUUCAAUCAGUUGUUGUAACCUUGGCUUUCUCUGUUUUGUUUUCUAAGGAGGGAAUGUGGGGUGGGGAGAAUAAUGAGGUGUUGUUUGUAACUUCACAGUCCUGAUAGUUGGUUUUUAUCUUCCAUAUUUUAUGCAAAAACAGACAUUAUAAGUCAAUAAAUAAUUGUGCCCUAGGUUGAAAGUUAAGUGUUCAGGAAAGGAAAAAAAUGGUUGGCAUUUUUCUACAUUUUUGUGAAGACUCUUUUGGAAAGGAAGGGUACAUAUUUUUGUUGUGUAGUAUUUUCUAUUUUUGAAUGCAUUUUCUUGGUACAAGACUGUUUUGUGGAAUUUCUUUUCUUUUUGGUGAACACAUUAUUUAAAAAAAAAAAAAAAAGAAAAGAAAGAAAAAACUAAUUGAAAAGUUUGCCCUUAAGGAUAUGCUGCAGUUUUGAGGUUUAAAAUAAAAAAAAAAAAAACAUUCAAGGCGCGUGUUAAAAGUUGGGGGAUUGUAUUGUUGGGAGUUUUUUUGUAAUUGUUACAAGAAGAAGUUUGUAGCCACUGCUGUUUAUUUUGUUUCAGAUGAGUAAGUAAAGGGAUUGUUCUUGUGUUAUUCUUUUUUUUUAAAAAAAAAAAAAGUUAUUUAUGAAAUGUCACAAACACUGGACUGUGAGUUUGUGUGGAAAGCAUUUUACCACCCUGUGUCUUCAUAGAGCUGUUGGUAAUCCUACUUCUCAUUACUCUGCCUUAUGACUUCCUGAGCAAAUUGGGGGGGGGGGGGGGGCGCGAGGAUCUACAUGCAUUUCUGAGGCAGAGACUCGGGGAGAAAACGCAAAACAGUGUUUUGGAAUCCCAAAGCCAGGCCGUCAGCUCUACUUCUCCCAUCUACCACAGGAAUGAGAAAGACUUACAGCCACUGGCAGAGAAAGAAAACUCGUGGUACCUGGACAUGGCAAUGCGCAAGGGGUUAAGUGACUGAGAGCCACGAUGCUCAUAAUGACCGCUGUAAAUGACAUCCUAGUUUCUCAGUCAGCAGCUCCCUUUGUUUGCCUUUCAUCUGGCCAGUGGCUUUUGUGUCUGACUGACCAACCAACUGAAACCCUGAGGAUAAUUUUCAGUCGCUAAUCAAGCCUUUUUGGCACCCCAGCAGUGGGAGUGACCGGCAGCAAGCGCUGCUCAUUUUGAUCACUGGUUCUGGAUUUGAGGAGAAGUAGAGGCUGAGAGCGACCAAAGAGGUGUGCCAUGUUCUCAAUUUCUGAAGAACAGGCUUAAAAAGACUAAAGCAGUGGUCCAGGCACUCAUGGGGCUGGAGAAAAGGGAAGGAGGAAGACACCAACAGCCAUAACAGAAACUGGAGAUAUGUAACUGGGCUACAUUCGAGACCAACCAGACUUUUUCUUCCUGGACAAUAAUGCAGCCAAAUCUUGAGACUGUCAAGCAGACAGAAAGCUGAAUGUGGCCUUCAUUUCUCCUGCCUUUCCUAUUUAUUCUCCCUCUUCCUUUGCCCUGAGAUUUCUUCUCAGUGAGCACCUGCUCCACUGAGCACUUUUUUGCCCUCCACCUAAACUGCCCGUGCUUUCAAAACGUGGGUUCAGUCAGGACUGAGUAAAAUCAUGUGCCUUCUUUUUCCCCUUUUGUAAUUCUACCAACCUCCUCCCCUUCCCCAACUUACAGAUGUGAGAGACGCAGGAGGAGGCUCUUUAGAAGUGCUACUUGUCUACAGGUGUCCAGCAAAACAGUAGGGUGGUGGUGAGAGGAAGGGGAGUGGAGAGAUGCUGUUAGCUCCUUUCCCUUCCCACACGUAGCAGGUCUUCCCCAGGAGACAUCCUCCACCACCACCUCCUCAGAUGCUCCCCUCUCCUACCGAGCAGUCGUGGCGGGCACGGAGUGGCUUUUCUCUCCCAUUCCUGUCCGAGCUGAGCGAAGCACUCGAUUUCAAUUCAUGCCGUUCACAAGCAUUUACAUUGACAAGACAAAUGCAGUUUGUGGCCUUAUCAAGAUGACUUUUAAACCACUAAAAGAAAAAAAAAAGGCAACUCAUUUCCCACCCAAGGUUUGCGUCACUUCUAAAAACCCAGUCCAUAGCAGUUUAGGCUCCUUUGAUCUCAGUCCCUUUUAAUGAUGGUGGCCAAACUGGCCAGCCUAGAGCUUAAAUGCUAGACCGUCUGGUCUCAUGCUUUCUUUGCUAUAACCCCUACUGUCUGCUUGCUUUUCUUACUUUCUGCUAUAUUCUCUGCUUUUCGAGGCAGCCCUAGCCUUUGGGGAAGGGUGAGAGGAGCCAGUGGGAUCCUGGCUCUGGGAAGGUAGUUGAUGGAUCGUUUUCAGCAUUUUAGCAGGAGAAGGAUAUGCCGGCUGCCACAGCAAAUGUGUAUUAUGAUGGGCUGACUGCAGUAUUUUUAGGGCCAAGAAACCCCACCCAGUUACUGGAACAUGGCUUGUCCCCGGGUCAAAACCACGGAGAGAAAAGAGCGCUUUGGCAUAAUGGAGAAGCCACUUGCAACCCACAGCUGCUUGUGGGCAAAGACGGGGGCCCGACUGCCUCCUGGCUUCUCUGCAGGCUUGCCCACUGCGCAGCCAGUGCCCCUGCCUCCUCACGGGAGCCUGCUGCGUUGUAGAGGCUUUUCUGGUUGUAAGAACCGGCGCAAAGCGGCCCCCGAGUAGUGUCCGUCUGGUGGGCAAGCACAAGGGUGGGCUCCUACCCGUGCUGGCCCUCUGCACAGCAGGAGGCACCUGUAGCACCUGGGUGAUGGGAAUGAAAAAUCCCUUCUGAACAAAAAUCCCCUUUCCAUAAACGAUCCAGUAAAUGAAAAUGUUGUGGACGGGGGACUGGAAUUUCAUUCUUCAGGCUGGGCUCUAGAGCCAGGGAGGAGCAGCAGGGGAACGGUGUAGUUAUUCCCCCUUCCUGAUAAACGGUCCGCAUGUGUGCAUGUAUAUACAAGAGAAACCGUGUAUUCCUACCCGCCUUUGGUGCUGAUGGACUUAAGGCAUUUGUCCAAGGCUUACUGUUGACACACUUAGAGACCAUAAGAAUAAACUCUUUACCACAUGCAAUAUUUCUCCCCAAAAAGGGAGGGAGGGGGAGAAGAGCAGUGCGGUCAGUCGGGAUUGUUAGGGUUGGAUUAUUUUGCAUCUUUUAUAAAACUGUAAUUUCAACAGUGCCUUAUUCCUAAUAGAUGCUGGCACUUGGGACACACAUGCGAUGAAAGACAGAACUAGGGAGAGUCAGACGUGGACAUCCGUAAGACAGAGGUCAUUAAUCAUCGUAAAGGAAGCUGUAUUGGGAAUGACACAGCUAUGUCAGAAUUGAAAACAGUUCAAAUAUUCAACCUCUAAAGCAAUUUCCCUUCCACCACCUCCUGCCUUCCCUCCUUGCCAAUGGUGCUGCCCAAGAAUAGCUGCCUACACCGAGGCCUGUCACUGCCCCAUUUGCUUUUGGCGUUGUCAAGUCUGAGGAGUUUAGCGUAGUCAAGCUUUCCACUGCUAUCGUGUUUUCCAUGGGGUAUGUGAAUGCCAGUUAUUUUGCUUUAAAUGCACUUUAAAAAGAAAAAAAAAAAAAAAUCAAAUCAAAGCUCCAGACUGUUUCAAAUACAUAGGGGAAGAUAGUGCAUAUGUGUUUGAACCCAGUUCACUUUAUCUCCAGUUAAAAUGUACUCCAUGCAGUGUGUAUGUAUAGAACAAUGUGUAUGCAUACAAACACACAUGUCAACCUUAAAUAUCAGCAGACUAACCUUUCUCCUUAAGCUCAUGAAACCAGAUGCUACACAAACACAGCAGCAGCAGAGGAAUUAUGGUUGGGCUCUUGAAACAGAUCACAAAAAAUAAAAACAACUACUUGGUCCUUUCUGUACAUUCAAUAAUUACAGAAGGAAUUGGGUUGUAACCAGAAUAAAAAGGAACGGUGCUAACUGAAUGAAUGGGCAAAAACAAAUAAAUAAUAAAAUAGACAAAAACUCAGCCCAGUAACGCAGUUUGACUUUUAUGCUAAUUCUCACAUUGGGUUGGUAUGUUACUUUUUUUUUGUUUUCUAUGAAAAAAAAUCACAUCUAAACUGAUCCACCACCACCACAACAAAAAAGAUGCAAACAAACUAAAAUGCAUCCUGCCCUGAGGAAGCUCUUGUUUAUGGAGGAUGUCAGAAGUCUCAAAACUCUCGGCCUUGCUCUCACGUACCACAUGCUCAAUCAGUCCUUUUUUUAAAAUGUCUGAAACUGAUUAAAAAAAAAAAAAGAAAAAAAAAGAAAAAAAACUUUUUGAAGCACCUUACGUGGCUUCCCAUUCCCGGAGUGGGAGCCACCUUUUUUUCUUUGAGCACCUUACUGAUGUGUUAAUGCUAUCUGCUGUCUUUUUGUUACCCGUGGGCCGAGUGGCUGGCUGUUGGCACGUAGACGCGAGCGUGCGGGGGGCGAGGGACCGGCCAGGCAUGUGCUGCCACGCUCCACACGUGUGUGCACCGGCCUUUCCGCAAAACGCUACACACGCACACCGGAGCGCGCAGCCCCGCGGUGCAGGGGGGCACCCACCCACCUUCCCAUUCCUCACCAGGCGGGAAUUUCUUGGUCAGUGUUGGCUCUGUUACAUGGAGGGGAGGAGUGGGGGAGCUAAACGGUGGAGGGGAGAGCACGCACGCAUGUGUGUGGAUGUAAAAAAAAAAUCAACAAAAAAAAGGGGACGUUUUCUUCUUUGGGACAAAGAAAUUCCCAACAGUCAUUUGAUGGUGAGUGAAUGGGAAACUGCAUCCAAGCCUAAAUCCGGGGGUCUUUAUGCAGGCAACCACCACUGACUACCCUGGGGGCCGUCUUGCCAGCAUAGAGACUGCAGGAUUUGGCCCCAGAGCGGAGGAGAUCCUCCGCAGGAGGCGGGUCUCUGCCGGCACCCGCGCAUGUUGCCGUGGGCAUAUGUGUCAUGAGACGCCCACCCACCCGCACAGCCGCGUGCGCGCCGCCGCCUGCGCACACACAACACGCACCCCACACACACACCCCCCACCGCUGUACAGGCAUCUCUCGAGAAACAUGGUUUGUGACGAUGUGAAGAGCAGGUCAAAAGUUUUGAGGGGUUAAGUUCCUUUUUUUUCUCUCAUUAUACUCUGUAAAUGGUAUGUCAGUUAUCAAAAACAAGCAAAUAGAAAAUUGUUAAAUAAAAAAAAUACCUUGCAUACGCCUUUUCUAUCAAGUGCUUUAAAAUAUAGAAUAAAUACACACAUCCUGCCAGUUUUUUCUUACAGUGAGAGUAUCCUUACCUGCCAUUUAAUAUUAGCCUCGUAUUUUUCUCACGUAUAUUUACCUGUGACUUGUAUUUGUUAUUUAAAACAGAAAAAAAAAAGAAAAAAAGAAAAUUAACUGUAGCGCUUCAUUAUACUAUAUUAUUAUUAUUAUUAUUGUGACAUUUUGGAAUACUGUGAAGUUUUAUCUCUUGCAUAUACUUUAUACGGAAGUAUUACGCCUUAAAAAAAUACGGAAAUAAAUUUUACAAGGUUUCUGUUUUGUGUGGAAGAGUAAUUGAUGUUGCUAAGAAUGAUGUUUGUUUUUUGUUUUUUUUUUUUUUUAAUGUUACCAGCACUUUUUUUGUAAGUUUCACUUUCUGAGGUAUUGUACAAGUUCACACUGUUUGUGAAGUUUGAAUAUGAAGGAAUAAUUAAAAAAAAAAAAAAAAAGACAAAA